UCUACAGUGUACUUAGUAUUAAUGGUGAAUUUAUAGUUACGACAAAUGUAAAUAAUGAUUUAUUUAAUAUAAAAAUUGUGAAAAUACAAUAUAAAUUUAUGUCGUAAGUAGUUUUUUUAAGUGAAAAAACAUGGGUCGCCGUUCAAUAAAUACCACAAAAAGUGGGAAAUAUAUGAAUCCUACUGAUCAAGCACGUAAAGAGGCACGUAAAAAAGAAUUAAAGAAAAAUAAAAAACAAAGACAGUUAGUACGUGCUGCUGUUUUAAAGGGCAAAGAUCCUGCUCAGAUUAUUGAAGAAAUGGAAAAAAUAGAUCAAAUGGAAUAUAAUGUCAUGCAGCCACCGCCACUUAAUGAGAAAGUUUUGAAAGAUAAACGAAAGAAAUUAAAGGAGACCUUAGAUCGUGUCUUAAAAAUGUAUGCAAAGGAUGAUCAGGAAAAAUGGGCAGAGUUAAAAGAACAAUUGAUACAAUAUGAACGUAGAAGAAUAGAUCUUGUUUCUUAUUUUGAAGCUGUAAGACAUGCACAACAAGUACAAGUUGAUGAAAUUCCAUUACCAUCAGCUGGUAAUGACAUAUCUCGAAUGUACUCAGGUUCUUUAACUUCACAAAUACCUUUACCAGAUAUGCCACAACCACCAGCACAUAUGUAUCCCCCUCAUCCACAUUACAUACCACAGCAUCAUCCCCUUAUGAAUAUACCAAUACCACCAAGUAUUUUAAAGAAAACAAGUGCAUAUGCAACAUCCCCUUCUAUACCUACACUAGCACCUAAUAAAGAAUCACCUGGUGUCCCACCUUUUCCACCUCCUGAUCUAUCAAGUGAUGAUGAAGAUAUGUCUGAGAAGACUAAAGAACCAGUACCAAAAUCGAGAACAAUUCGAUUUGCGGAUGAUAAAGAAGAUAAUAAACAAGAAUCAGAUGGUAAAGAUAAGGACGGCGACAAAGAGAAGGAAAAAGAAAGAGACAUAGCUAAAGUAAAACCAACUACUCUACAACAGAAAAUGUUAGCUAUGGCAGGGCAAGAUAUUGAUCAGUUUAUGCGUGAAAUGGAAGUUGUCCAUAAAAAGCGGGAAACUGAACGAGCUCAAGAUUUAAAUGCUCGAUUGUCACUACUGGAAGCAGAAAAUGAAUCUAAUUCAAAGUCUAAUAAUAAAUCUGGUAAUAAUAAAACAGAAGAAGAAGAUCUAGAACCUCCAGGAGCAUCAGACCAUUCAUCAAACCAUAAUCAACAUACAUCACAUUCUCAUUCUCAACAUACACAACCACACACAAUGCCCCCUAUGGGAUUGCCGCCACCUCCUUUAAUGUACAGACCUCCACCACCACCAUUACACUUAAGGAUGCCGCCGCCCCCACCGCCCCGUAUUGGACUUCGAUUACCUCCUGGCCCACCACCAGGAAUGCCAAGGAUGUUGAGACCUGGUCCACCAAGUAUGCCAAGAAUGCCUCCUCCACAAAUGCAAAUGCCAAAUCUAUCAAAUAUGACAAAUAUAGGAAAUCCUCAAAUGCAGACACAAUCUGCAACAGGAUCACAACCUAAAACACCUAAUGUACUUUCUGCUGCACCACAAUUAAUUAAUCGAAAAGAUAAAGAUGGUAAAAGCACUACAACUAUCGAAGCAAAACCACAAAUUAGGAAUUUAGCAGCUGAUGUUACAAGAUUUUUACCUACCUCUCUUCGUGUGAAAAGGGAUGAUAAAAAGAAACCAAGUACUUUAUCAAGACUUUCAGAAAGGAUACCAGAAACGCAACCAAUACGAACUACUCAACCUAAAACAAAAGAUGAUGCAUAUAUGCAGUUUAUGCAAGAAAUGGAAGGAUUACUUUAAAUUUGUAAUACUAUGUAUAAUAAAACUUUACUUGGAUAGCAAAAAAUUAAAUCUUGAAGAAUA